AUGGCAUCAAAAUCCUUCUCCAAACUCUCUCUGUUGCUUUUCUUCGCAUCAGUUUCAUUUUGCUAUGCAACUUCUCGCUUCACUGAUCACCCUGCAUUCCCACCAAAAUCAUCAAAAGCAGAAAGACUCAUAAGAAGCCUUAAUCUAUUCCCGAACGAACCCUUCAACAGUAUUGAAGCUGACCACCUUCAUAGUUUUGUCCCUGGUCAGAUCGUCGAGAAGAACUUCUCCUUCCUUGGUCACUCUGGCCCUUCUAUUGAAGACCUUGGUCACCAUGCAGGUUACUAUUCACUUGCUCAUUCCAAAGCUGCAAGGAUGUUCUACUUUUUCUUUGAAUCACGAAAGAACAAGAACGAUCCUGUUGUGAUAUGGUUGACUGGAGGACCAGGAUGUGGAAGUGAAUUAGCUUUGUUCUACGAAAAUGGUCCUUUUCAUAUUACCAAGGACUUGUCUCUUACAUGGAAUGAUUACGGCUGGGAUCAGGCAUCAAAUAUUAUAUUCGUGGACCAACCAACUGGGACAGGUUUUAGUUACUCUUCUGAUAAGAGUGACCUUCGUCACGAUGAAACCGGCGUUAGCAAUGAUUUAUAUGACUUCUUGCAGGCGUUUUUCAAGGCUCAUCCAGAGUUUGUUAAGAAUGAGUUCUAUAUCACUGGAGAAUCAUACGCUGGACACUAUAUUCCUGCACUUGCAUCACGGAUUAACCAAAACAAUAAAAUGAAACAAGGAAUCCAUAUAAACCUCAAGGGUAUUGCUAUUGGUAAUGGAUUAACAAAUUCUCCAAUUCAAUACGAAAUAUACCCAGAAUUUGCGUUACAGAACGGACUAAUUACCAAGAAUGAGUCAGAUGAUAUCAGCAAGUUAAUCCCAAACUGUGACAAAAAAGCUAAAGCCUGCGAAUCUCGUGGUGGGAUAAUUUGUGAGGAUGCAUUAGAUGCUUGUGAAGCAAUUUUCGAUAGAAUAUUGUCUAUUGUCGGUGAUCUUAAUUACUAUGACAUUCGAAAGAAAUGUGUGGGACCUUUAUGCUAUGACUUCAGCAAUGUGGAGAAGUUGUUAAACUCAGAGAAAGUGAAGAGUGCUUUAGGUGUGAGGAAGGAGUUGAAGUAUGUUGCAUGCAGUACAGCAGUGUAUGACGCUAUGCUGCAAGACACCAUGAGAAAUCUGGAAGUGUUUCUUCCUGGUCUUCUUGAGGAUGGGAUAAAGAUGCUUGUGUAUAAUGGGGAAAAAGAUCUGAUAUGCAAUUGGCUUGGGAAUUUAAGGUGGGUCAAUGCCAUGAAGUGGUCGGGCCAAAAGGGAUUUAGGGCAUCUCCUACAGUGAAAUUUGUGGUUGAUGGUGCAGAAGCAGGGACUCUAAACAGCUUCGGACCUCUCUCUUUCCUCAAGGUGCAUGAUGCUGGACAUCUGGUACCUAUGGAUCAACCUAAAGCUGCACUACAGAUGUUGGAAAGGUGGAUGGGAGGGAAACUGACGAAAUAA